CACAUCAUGAACAAGCAUUCGGGGCAUGAAAGUCAUUUGUUUCCCCAGUGUCUUCAUGGCAGACUGCAUGGCAGAGAAAGAAAAAAGAAAUGGCUCAAACCAGGUUCACAACCUUAUGAGAAACUGACAGAGGUACUUACAAAAGGCACACUGUUAAAGGAUAUCAAGCAGAUGUCUGGAGCACAUGCCACCUCAUCACUUGAGGCCUUUCAUUCAGUACCAAACCACUUUGCUACAAAACGUUUGGCUUUCUCCUACCAUGGAAUGACCAGCAGGUUGCAGAUUUCCAUCUUACAUUUCAAUGAGAACAGCGAUCGGGAAUGUGCUAAACUACAGGAUGGUACUGAGCGUGUAAACAUUGCUUUCCCCAAAUACAAGAAGGGGGAACAUACAAUAAAAAAGCUCUUAGUUCAAUGCACAUAAUUAGAUAUGUUGCUGAUCUAAAAGUGAGUGUUCUGCGUAUUCUCGAGGGAAUUGACACCUGCGUCUUAGAAAGAGCUGCUACACCUCAAUCGCUGUCAUCAGAUUUUGAGCAGCCAGAUAAGCAGGCUGCUAUAAAUGCCUUCAAAUCAAGGUUUAAGAACAAUUAAAGUACCCGACAAUGUGUAACAGGAAAAAGUUUGUUCCAUUGUUUCGAAAAUGAUGUAAAUCAAUUUAUUGGCUCCUUGCUCUCUAUAACAAGGACCAACAAAGAUAAUGGCUUCACUAGCAAUCUUUGGUACCCUUCAAACAGUGCCAACUACAGAACAUUACUAGACCAAAAUAAUCUAUGAGAAUAAACGUUCGAAUAAGCACAAAGUCUUUGAUCUACUCGUCGGGAAAUCGAAAUCCUUCAAAUAAAAAAAUCAUCUUCAGUUCCCAUCUGAUGCCUGAUAUAUUCUGUACGAAUUACUUCUUUGAGCGUGUGACGCCGUCACAGCCGUCACCACCCGAUUCGCUCGAAAUUAACCGCUUACAUGCGGAUUUAAUUAGCAUCAAAUUAACGCAUACAAGCAGUCAAAGUAGGGCCUAUUUACCUAUCGUGAGAUGAAGGAAAUCAAGGCCUGGUCUCACAGCCAGCUAACCCCUUGAAACGCAAAUUAGAUACCGUUAUGCCUCCUAAACGAGAUUUUAGAUCGAAAAAAAAAUUUGAAUUUAGUAACUUUCAAAGGGGGAAAAGCUGUGAGGAAGGCGAAGUUUAGUGUUCCUGUUCGAUAUUCCUGUUUGAUAUGCCCAGCAAUUUAUUGAUUCAACGCCUGUGGCCGCCUGAUCUUUGAACGCAGGCAGAGGUUUUUCUCCAGAUCAAGAAGACCUUCCCGAUAUUGACGAACCUCAUGGCUUAAGAACU